GGACAGAGCGCAUUAUCACAUACCUUUAACGUCUUGACUCUUGAUGUUCUGUAUAAAGAUAUUCUUUCAUUCAAUUAAUCAGUGGCGAACUCACAACUGGCCAGUGCCACUUUGCCACACACUGUGGUAGCCUGUCUAUGAAGUCGUGUGAUUGUGUGUGUUUAUUUUGAAUUCUAAUUCCUAAAUAGUUACAUUUUUUAUUUUCACCACAUGAUAUAAAUUGAUUUAGAAGUAUUACAGUCUUGUUGAUUAUGGAAACUUCUACUAUUAAUAUAAUAACUCUCAAUUGCUGGGGCAUUCCUGGUGUUUCAAAAAACCGCAAGGAACGUCUUGAGGCUAUUGCUCAGUAUUUAUCUAAGGGCCUUCACAAUAUUGUGUGCCUCCAAGAGAUUUGGAGUGAAAAAGAUUUCUUAUACUUAAAAGAUAAUUUAAUUAGUGUUCUGCCAUAUUCCCACUAUUUCUUUAGUGGGGUGCUGGGUUCAGGCCUGUGUGUAUUCUCCAAGUGGCUAAUCCAAGAUGUUUUCUUCCACCAAUGGCCACUAAAUGGCUAUAUUCAUAAAAUACACCAUGGAGAUUGGUUUGGUGGAAAAGGUGUGGGUUUGUGUCGGAUUAAAUGUAAUGAUAAGCUUAUCAAUGUUUAUUGCACACAUCUUCAUGCAGAAUACAAUGAAAACUAUGACAUUUAUUUGGCACACAGAGUGUUACAAGCACAUUCUACUGCGGAGUUUGUUAACUUGACAUUAUCAUCAGCUGAUAUUUCUAUACUAGCUGGAGAUCUUAAUACUGCCCCUGGAGAACUGCCUUACAGACUUAUUACUCAAAUGUCCAAACUAAAGGACCCCGGACAUGAAGAUAGUGCACCUAAUGGAAUAAAAGCUGGAGGAACGAGUGACAAUGCUAAUAACAGCUAUUCAAAUCCAAAAACAGUCAAGUUAUCUCCAGAUGGAAAGAGAAUUGAUCACAUAUUGCUACAUGUUAACAACAGCCGCUACAAGGAGGAAAUCGUCAGUUUCGGAAAUCCACUUGAAGAAAGAGUCCCUGGCAAAACAUUUUCAUAUUCCGAUCAUAAUGCUGUGUCACUCGAGUUAAAAAUUGUCGACUCGAGCAAUGGUCAUGCACGUCAUCACUCGUCAGAUCAUAAGUUGGAUGAUACAAUAACAGACGCAAUAAAAGUAUGUAGAGAAGCAAUGGUCACAGUAAAGAAAUCUAAAGUGCUGUACUUGCUCACUGGAGGAUUAAUAUUCUUUUUUUUACUUGGCUCAGUUGGUUUUUGGCCGACUCAUGUGUUAGCGGACAUUGUAAGGAUAAUUAUGAGUGGAAUUUGUUUCUACUAUCUAACAAUGGGAGCAAUAUGGAAUAGAAUCGAAAUGAACAGCCUGAAGGCUGGUGUGACGGCAUUGGAGAAUUACCAAAGAAGUAGAAAAAUUGUGUAAACAGUAUUAUAUUAUGUAGGACCAAUUGACUUGGAACUUAUUAACAAAAGUAUUAGUUUAUUAUUUUAUAUUAGACAAUAUUAAAUAAAUAAACAAGAUUGUUGUUAUAUUUUUAAGAAAACUAACAUUAAUCAUAUCAAAUCUAAAUUUAAUUUAAAUAAUGAAACAAAUCAGCUAUAAGUAUUCAAUGUACUUACUUGCCACAUUUAUGAUUUUAUUAUAAUUAUAUAUAGAUAUAGAUAAGCUCUUUUUUUUAAUAUUUACACGACGCAAUGUUUGUGUUCAAUUUUAAUAGUUAUUGAAAAUCACUUGCACGAGUGUCAUAGAUGCCAAUAAGUACAUACAUUCCUCUAAUAUUAAUAGUAUAAUAAUUAUACAAUAAUAAUAAGUACCAAAAAUGUGUGAUACUAAGUAUAAAGUUGUCUGUAUACAAUUUUGUAUUAAAUUUUAUAUUAGUUACGAAAUGAAUUUUAAAUAAAAAUGUUUUGUUAUAUAUAAAA